AUGACACCAAUUACUCCUUUGGAGCCGGGUGUAGAGAUGUUUCAGAGGGCAAAGACACAAUCGUUCUUUUCCUCUGCUUUGACAGCUCGCUCGUCCCUCGAACGCCCGGUCUCCCACAUUAGCGUUGCAUACACCGAUAUCGAAGAUGACGACAGUGAAUUCGAGGAGUAUAGUGGAUCUUCAAGCGACAACCGACGAAGUCAAACAACCAUCUCAACCUUCGAAGAAGUCCAGACACCAGCUGAUGAGAUACGGCCGCAGUUUGCGUACUGGCAUGCUCGAAAAUCUGUGGAAGGUCCCAAGGGACCACAUCUGUUUCGUGCGUCGGUUUCUUCGAACGACUUCGACUAUGCGUUACAAAUGUCGCCACUCCUCCCGAAAGAGCCACCAUCGCGUUUCCCGACGUCUUUCAGAGAGGCCACCCCAGAGACCGUAGUACCUCAGCGCGAAUACAACAACAUCGCCCUUGCUGUAGCACAUCUGGACAACGCGGAAGUGCGUGGUUGGGACCCUCUCGCGAUGUAG